GUCGACCAAUACAGUACACCAUUUCAAUCAUCAAAAAAUAAUACAGUACGUGAGCAGUUCGUCUCAUCGCUCCACCACCUCACGUACGCCUAUAUAAGCAGGCCUAGUUUCUUCUUCUUCCCUCAGACCAGUACCAAGGCAUUCUGUUAGCCAAGAGCAAGAAAGCUAUAUCGACACCGAGGCCUUAAGCUCCAAGAGCAUGGCCCGCAUUGCAGUGCUCUUGCUGGUGGCGCUGCUCUCCUUAGCCGUGCAUCUUGCUCCGUCCGCGGCAUGCCGAUCCUGCCCGACCACAAAGCCUUCGCGGCCUCCACCGCGUAAGCACAAGUCCCGGCCAUCGUCCGUACCCUGCCCACCGCCUUCGCAAACUCCCACGCCCUCACCCACACCCACACCCACACCUACUCCAGUGACUCCGACGCCGGCACCGACCCCGAUUGUGUCCUGCCCUCCACCUACAAACACUCCCGCACCCACGCCCAUACCGACCCCGGUGAUACUGCCAAUACCAACCCCUAUAACUCCGACGCCGGCACAGGCCCCCGUCUCUCCAACACCAACCCCGGUGACCCCAACACUGACCCCUGUUUCGCCGACGCCGGCACCGACCCCUAUCUCUCCAUCACCAAUCCCGGUGGCCCCAUCACCGACCCCUGUGAUGCCACCAACACCGACCCUUGUGACCCCGACACCAGCACCGACCCCUGUCUCUCCAACGCCAACUCCGAUGGCCCCAACACCUACCCCUAUGAUGCCGCCAACACCAACCCCUGUAACGCCGACGCCGGCACCGACCCCUGCCUCUCCAAUGCCAUGUCCGGUGGCCCCAACACCGACCCCUGUGAUUCCAACGCCAGCACCGAGCCCUGUCUCUCCAACGCCAACCCCGAUGGCCCCAACACCGACCCCUAUGAUGCCGCCAACAUCAACACCUGUGACUCCGACGCCAGCACCCACCCCCGUCUCUCCAACGCCAACCCAGGUGCCCCCAACACCGACUCCUAUGAUGCCGCCAACACCGACCCCUCUGACUCCCACCCCAGCACCAACCCCUCUCUCUCCAACACCAAGCCCGGUGGCCCCAACACCGAAACCUGUGAUGCCGCCAACACCCACACCUGUGACUCCGACGCCAACCCCAGCCCCGGUCCCAGCCCCGGCGACACUGACUGGCAAGUGCCCUGUGGACACGCUGAAGCUGCUGGCGUGCGUGGACGUGCUCAAUGGGCUGCUGCACGCGGUGAUCGGUGGUAGCGCCAGCGAUUCAUGCUGCCCGUUGCUGUCCGACGUGGCCGGCCUCGACGCCGCUCUCUGCCUUUGCAGCACCAUCAAGGUCAAGGCCCUCAACACCAGCCUCGUGCUGCCCAUCGCCAUCGAGGUGCUCGUCAACCAGUGCGGCAAGAUAGUGCCGGACGACUUCCACUGCCCGAACUAAGCUUCAUCGAUUACUAUAUGUAUGUACUAUCAGUAUCACCUGCAUCUGAAUGCGAUACGUGCAUUAAAUUCUCUCGUGUGGUCACACAGGUCACGUAUCGAAGUGUAAUAAUCUAUAUGUACAUGGAUUUGCAGCUCUGACUUGCUACUUGUGACGCGGAGCUGUGGAGCAUGCAUACAUUGUGUUUGUGUAACUGCGUAUCAAAUAGUAACCGUGUAACAAGUUACCAAUUGUGGUCUUC